CAGCUUCUGGCCGUUUUCUAUCUCAACUGCACUCGGAACGCCUUCAAUGCGCAUGACCAUUGGGGGGAUCAUGAAGUCAUGAUAGCAAUUCUCCCUCGCUGAUGCUUGCUCGUGCCGAUAUUGUGCCUGCAUUCCUCUCCACCUUAUUAGCCGUGCGUGGGCCUUGCUGCCACGAAACAUCGCCCGUCCUCCACGAUGAAGCCGACAUCGAAGCCGCUGACUAGCCUGUGCUGCUUCUCUGCGCUUCUCCCAUGGGUCUUUGCGGGUGUCGACCCUGUUGGUGAGGUGCAGGUGCCGCUGGACCCCACCAAGUACAAGGCAGCGUGUCCAGACUAUAAGCUCUAUGCUAUGCGACAGCACCCUCCCUAUAGCGACGGCCCUCUCGAGCUCCCCUUCCAGCGGCCCUCGAAGCACUGCCGUACCUUCGAAUCUCCGCUGGUGGAGAAGGUCAUUGAUGACAUGAACGCGAAGAUUGUAGACAAGGACCUCGCGCGCAUCUUUGAGAAUGCAUUCCCGAACACACUCGACACAACGGUCCGAUGGCACGUCGACGGCACGCAGAAGAGAAAAAAGGGCUCGAAAAAGUACUGGGACGCCGAUGCGUGGAAGGGACCCCAGAGCUUCAUCGUCACCGGAGAUAUCAACGCCGAGUGGCUGCGAGACUCGACUAACCAGCUUGCCCAGUACCAGCUCCUAGCGAAGAAGGACAGGGAGAUCCACAACCUAAUCCUCGGCGCAAUAAACACACAAGCCGAGUAUGUUAUCGGGUCCCCGUACUGCAACGCCUUUCAGCCGCCUGCGCCGAGUGGUCUCCAGCCGACAUACCAGGGUGACGGUGACGAGGUGCAUCCGGCGAUUGAACCGUCUUUUGUGUUCGAGUGCAAGUACGAGCUGGACUCGCUGGCCCACUUCCUCUCCUUGACGAAUCAGUUCUAUAACCAUACCAGUUCCACCGAGUUCUUGACGCCUCGCUGGCUUCUGGCCUUGGACACUUUGAUGAAGGUCCUCAAAGCCCAGUCCAGGCCCACGUUCGAUAACGAGACUGGCUCGUAUGAGCGCAACGAGUACACUUUCCAACGCCGCACGAACACUGGGACUGAAACAUUGAACCUUGGGGGGGUCGGCAACCCUCUCAAUAGCGGUACUGGGCUCGUCCGUAGCGCAUUCCGCCCGAGCGACGAUGCCACUAUCCUCGGAUAUUUCAUCCCUGCCAACGCGAUGAUGAGCGUCGAGCUCAAGCGUUCUGCAGCCAUGCUCGAGAAGGCGGGCAAGAAGAAACUCGCUACCACUCUCCGCGCCAAAGGAGAAGAGAUAGAAGCAGGCAUCUGGGAACACGGCGUCAUCCACCACAAGAAAUACGGCGAUGUCUUCGCUUUCGAAGUCGACGGCUACGGCUCCUCGAUCCUCAUGGAUGACGCUAACCUUCCGUCUCUGCUCGCACUUCCUCUCCUUGGUUUCGUCAACAGCGACAAUAAGGUUUACAAGAACACCCGAACAAUGAUUCUCCAGAAGCAUGGGAACCCGUACUACCUAACCGGCGUAGAAUUCCACGGCAUUGGAGGUCCACAUGUUGGCCUUUUGCAUGCAUGGCCAAUGAGCGUGUUGGUGCAGGCUAUGACAAGUGAAAGCGAUGACGAGAUUACGAAUUGUUUGGGCUUAGUGAAAAAUGUCAGUCGCAACGGACUCAUUCAUGAGAGCAUCGGCGUCGAUUAUGCGAGGGAUUAUACUCGCAGCUGGUUCGCAUGGGCGAAUUCUGUGUUUGCACAGACGAUUCUAGAUCUGGCGCUGCGGAAACCACAUCUUCUCUUUGGUGAGGGCGCGGAACCUUAUAUACUUGGAUGAUGGAAAGGAUGUAUUUUGAUAGGUUCUUUGACCACUUCAUUCAGAUGCAGAAUUGCCACUACUGCGAGACGUUCUGUGAUAGCUAUGUGGGGCGCCCCGAUUAGUAAAGCAG